AGACCCCGCCAUGGACGCGCACUACGCGCCGGCGGGCUUCGCCGAGCCUCCCGCGCCCCCGCCAGCGCCGCCACGCAGCCCGCCGCCCCCGCCUGGGCCUACGAAGCCCGAGUCCCGACCGCCGCCUCCAGCCCCAGCUGCAGCGGGAGCAGCCCCAGCCUCAAGGCCAGCUAUGAAGAUGGACAUCCCACACAGUCUGAACCAGAUAUCCUUCAAAGACAGACAUUUGCAGCUUCUCAUCAGCUUCCUGGUUAUGGCACCACUCCUCAAGCAACUGGCAUGCAUUCCUCAGCAACAACUGAACUGUUUGUUACGGGACCCCUGCCCGCUGCUGGAACACUUCCACCACCUGUGCUGUCCGCCUACCAGCACCCCGCUCCCUUUAGCAAUAGAAACUUUGUGACCACCUCACCUCUGGUGCUUCAGGAUUCAUCUUUUAACACUACAUCAAAUGGAAUUUUAAACCCUCAUGAUCCUUUGCUACAAAUUAAGACUUCCCAGGGAACUGUUCCAACUGCUUUGGCAUUUGAGCGCCUAGGCAGUUCUGCAUUAAGUAACAGCAUACCACCUCAGUCUUCAACAUAUCGUUCAGCUCAAGAGUCAGCACCCCAUCUUUUACAACCUCAAUUUAGUUUGUUGCCUUCAACACUUGGGGGAGCCCAGCAAACCCCUCAAGCCUACAGUUCAGCUCUUUUUACUAGUUCUGCUGCUUCCAUUGAAAGAGCCCUUCUUCGAGAAUGUAGUGUUAUUAAACACCACCAGCGGCCUUCAAGUACCCAGUCUAUUCAGGCACAACUGACUGGUUCACAGCAUCCCUUACAUAGUUAUCUAUCAAGUGCAAGUAUUGGUAAUUUUCAGGAAACAUCCAGGCAGUCAUCUUUAUCCUGUAGCUCAAUUCGAGAUUCUACUCAGGUGAGCAAUGGAGCAUUGCAACAGAAGACCCCUCAGGUCUCAGCAGAACUUGCUCAGUCUUAUUCAUCUGUAAUUCCAUCAUCAGGGUACCUUCCUUCUGCUACAAAAGUAGAUGGCUGUUCUACAAAACAACCACUAACAUCAACUACAAUUCUGAAGCCUCAAAGUGUGAUUCCUCCUGUGCAAACACUAAACUAUUCUAAACCUUUACAUAAUCAGAGUUCUGUAAUAUCAGGUCAAGCACAAAUUUAUUCUACAGCACAGCUACCCAGCCUUUUAUCAGUCAGUCAGUCCCAAAAUUAUGGUUUAGUACAGCCACAUAAUGUGCCAUCUAUUGUUCAUUCACAUGUUUAUAGGUCCAGCAGGGUUGAGAAAUUGCCAUCCUUAUACAAAACAUUGACUUUUUCUGGGUCAUCUCAGCCUGUAACCUCUGAAAAUGAGACACUUAGUUAUUCAUCCAAUCAGCAAGAAGUAUUAUCUUUAGUUACAAAUGAGAAUUACCCUGCUCAGACAGGAGACCUGUCAUCAGUAGGUCACUCUCAGGGUCUGUCACCAGUUAGCCAAACACAGGUCAGUUAUUCAUCUCAGUCACAAGUUUUAUCAGUUGUUAGCCCUUCAGAAAGCUAUGCGUCGGGACAGUCUCUGACAUUAACAGCUCCUUCUCUUUCUUAUUCUUCUGCCUCUCGGGGCCAGAGCUUGCCAGAUUCUAGUCCAACACCAAAUUAUAUUUCUAUGCAUUCAUCCCCAAACACUCACACCCAAGGAUCUUCACCACCUCAGCCCCAAAAGUUUUUGCCUGCUGUGCAGUCAUCUUUUGCAUCCUCUACUCGUGGUCAGGCAAUACAGAAUAGCAUACCUUCCCCUGAUCCAAAGUCUUAUGCUGAGAGAAAACUUGACUCAAAUGUGUAUACAUCCUCAAAGCAAGAUGAUGAUUUUCCAGUGCAAAAGUUACAGGCAUUGCAGUCACAGGCAUCUCUUGAGUCAAGCCAAAGGCUACCUGAUGGAGAAGGAACUGCUCAAGAGUCAGUUUAUAAGACAUCAAAGUCAGAUGACCGAUAUUCUCAGAGGAUAGCCAGAAACAACUCCCACCUUGAAGACCAAGUUGUUGGAGUUGCUCUCCGGGGCUCAAAACAAGAAGAAAGCAUGGUUGGUCCAGUGACACAGCUUAGCCAGCAAAGUGGCCAGCCCAGUAAUGCACUAAACUCCGAUCUUAAGAAGGCAACUAAUUUAAUGCAAGCUCCACAGAUAAGGUUGAACACUAAAGACCUCAACCAGCAGCAUUCUCUCAUCCAUAAGAUGCAUGAAGCCAAGGUUCAGGAACAGCAUGAUCAAAUAAUUAGUGCCUCAUCUCAGAUACAGAUUCCAAAUCAUGCUUUAGGGCAUAGCCAUCAGGCUCUUCCUAAUACACCAGUCCUUUUAGAUUCUGCCUGUGAUUUACAGAUUCUUCAGCAGGCUGGGAUUCUGCAGGCAAGCCUGGGACAAGCAAAGCCAUCUUUACAAGUACAACGUGUACAGAGUCCUCAACAAGUAGUCCAUCCUUUCCUUCAGAUGGAUGGUCAUAUCAUCCAGAGCAAUGGUGAACAUCCCCAGGAGCUCCAUCCUCAAAAUUCUGAUAUUAUGAAACUAGACCUCCCUGAACCUUCAAAACCUUUGCAGCAGCUAACAACGAAGGGCCCUUUCAAUGAAACCAAUCCACAUGAUUCAAAGAAUCAGUUUGUUUCUCUUGGAUCAAUAUGCUUCCCAGAGGCAAUGCUUCUCAGUGAUGAAAGAAAUAUUUUAUCAAAUGUAGAUGACAUCUUGGCAGCUACAGCAGCAGCUUGUGGGGUUACACCCUCUGACUUUUCCAAGUCAACUUCAAAUGAAACCAUGCAGGCUGUUGAAGGUGGUGAUUCUAAAUCUCAUUUUCAGCAGUCAUUAGAUGUCAGGCAGGUGAAUUCAGACUUUAUAACAGCUACAGUAGGAAAGCCACAGAAUAUUAAUGACAUUUCCUUAAAUGGAAAUCAGGUUACUGUAAACCUUUCAUCAGUACCCACCCUUCAGUCAAAAACAAUCCUUGAUCAACAGCAUGUGGAAGCAUCUGGUCAAAAUAUACCAACUAAAGCACCUUCAUCCAUGGUUGGACCAGGUCAUGAAGUUCAGGAGCAAAGUUCUGACCCAUUUAAGAAACAGUUGGUUAUAAAUCAUGAAUCUAAAGAAGAUAGUGAAAUUGCUCUUGACAGUGCAUUGAGUAAUAACAGAAAUCAAGAGUUUGUUUCUGCUAGCCAGAGCAUAAGUGGAGAGAAUGCAGCAUCAGAGAGUGACUUUACCCUAGUAGGUGAGGACAGUGCUAUGUCGGUGGACCAUAGAAGGAGCACACUUGCCCUGCUGGCCAUGGCGCAGCCUGGGGAUGCAGCCAGUGGCAAGACUGAAGAGGAGAAGCAAGAUGGGACAUAUUUUAACCUUCCCAAGACAAAAGCUAAAGGAAAAGGACAAGGUAAAGAGGAAGAGGACAGUAGUCAGAAACAACUGAAAAAGUCUGCCCAAGGCAAGCGCCAGAACCCCAGGGGUACAGACAUGUAUUUACCGUAUACUCCCCCUUCCUCAGAAAGCUGUGAUGAAGGUUACCAGCAUCAAGAAAAGAUGAGGCAGAAGAUCAAGGAAGUAGAGGAGAAGCAGCCAGAGGUCAAAACAGGAUUUAUUGCUUCUUUUUUAGACUUUCUGAAGUGUGGGCCCAAGCAACAGUUUUCCACCCUUGCUGUUCGAAUGCCUAAUAAGACCAGACGAUCAGGAACCCAAGUCACCCGGAACAUCUAUCCCCCACCACUUGCAAAGGUGUCACCCGCAACGCCUGUGCCAUUAGCAUUGGAGACUGGAGGGGUCAGUCCAUCAGAAAAAGUUGACAAUGAACUUAAAAAUGUAGAACAAUUGUCUUCCUUUUCUUCUGAUGAGGAAGACCCUGGUAUGUGUGGCCAUGAUAUCUAUAAGAACAUCUCUGCUCCCUUAACUGCGUUGGAUGCUACUUCUGAUAAAACAAAGAAAACAGUUUCAGAAGCUCUACCUAUGUCAACUCCUGGUGCAUCUGCCGAGACAGCUGGUGCUGCUCCCACUUCCUCCUCUGCUGGUGCAGUUAAACAAGACCUUCAUUUGACUUCAUCUGCUGCAAACGCCCUGGAAAAUGCAAACUCCACAGAACCCCCCAAAGCCAUCCAACUUGAUAGUCUUCCUGCAGACCAGUUUGCUAAAGGACAAGCUACAGUUGCCAUAGAAGGUUUUACAGAUGAGGAAAAUAUAGAAAGUGGAGGAGAAGGCCAAUACAAAGAACGCGAUGAAUUUGUGGUAAAGAUAGAAGACAUAGAGACAUUUAAGGAGGCUUUAAAUGUAGGAAAAGAGCCCCCAGCUAUUUGGAAAGUACAGAAAGCUUUGUUACAGAAAUUUGUUCCGGAAAUUCGAGAUGGGCAAAGAGAAUUUGCAGCUACAAAUAGUUACCUUGGAUAUUUUGGAGAUGCAAAAACUAAAUACAAAAGAAUAUAUGUAAAGGUCAUUGAAAAUGCAAACAAAAAGGAGUAUGUCAGAGUGUGUUCCAAAAAACCAAGAAAUAAGCCUUCACAAGCUAUCAGAAAUGUUCUAUCUAAGCCAAGUAGCAGUAAAACUUCUGACCCACCAGUGUCAAAAACUACAACUACAAAAGCCUCUUCCACAAAACCCAAAGUUAAACAGCUCAAAAUGAAGGCUGAGCCACCACCAAAGAAACGGAAGAAAUGGAAAGAAGAAUUUUCAUCAUCACAGUCUGAAUCAUCUCCUGAGGUCCGUUCUAGCAGUAGUGAGGAUGAGGAAUUGGAUCCUCCAGCUCCCUUUGUCACGCGUUUUCUGAACACAAGAGCAAUGAAGGAGACUUUCAAGAGUUACAUGGAGUUGCUUGUUAGCAUUGCUCUGGAUCCAGACACUAUGCAAGCCCUAGAAAAGAGCAACGGUAUGGCCUGCUACGGAGCACAUUCAAAAGUUCUUUAUGAGCUACUUUUACCACAUAUGAAAAAAAUAGAUGGAAUGCUGAAUGAUAACCGGAAAAGACUUCUUGGAAAUCUUCAUUUGGACCAGCCAUUCAAGAAUGCUUUGGAAAGUUUUCCUGAACUAACAAUUAUUACUCGAGACUCUAAAGCAAAAAGCGGAGGAUCUGCUAUUUCUAAAAUAAAAAUGAAUGGCAAAGCUUAUAAUAAGAAAACUCUAAGGACUUCUAAAACAACCACUAAGUCUGCACAGGAGUUUGCUGUUGAUCCAGAGAAAAUACAAUUAUAUUCAUUAUAUCAUUCACUCCAUCAUUAUAAAUACCAUGUUUAUCUAAUAUGUAAGAACGAGAUAUCGUCUGUGCAGAAAAAAAAUGAAGAUUUAGGACAGGAAGAAAUUGUUCAACUUUGUAUGAAAAAUGUAAAGUGGGUGGAGGAUCUAUUUGAAAAAUUUGGAGAACUUCUAAAUCAUGUACAACAGAAAUGUUCCUAACAUUUCCACAAAAUCCCACCUUUUAUAGCACUAAUGAAAUGUCAUAGUGUCAUAGAUAAUCAAAUCUCCAGCAGUGGUCUCUUGCAGACAUGCCCAGUACCAUAGGGGACUUUGACCAGGACCUUUGCUGAGGACAGUGGUGCUGCCACGGAAGCCAGUCCUUUUAUCUGAAUGAAUGAUUUUUCUAGUUUUUAAACUGUGGGGUGACUGAGUUUUUUAUUUUCAGAGACAUCUUUUGACAAAUGAUAAGCAUGCACUAAGUAUAAUUUUAUUGCUAGAGAAAUAACAUUGAAGUGACCUGACUUCCCCCAUGACUGGUGUCAGAACAAAAGAGGUGGCAGAAAGCAUUCGCCUGGUCACAGUGUUCAAAGUAGUGUACAUUGUGUAGACGGAUCUGGUAUGGUGUGACAUCCUGUGUGAGAGUGUCUUCAGUUUAAAACAUGGAACUCAGAAGCUGCGUUCUGCUCUGUGGAGUCCUUUAACAUGUCCAGGAAACUGGGUGUGGAACUGUGCAAUUCUGUGACUGCUUUUCGUGUCAAGUUCUAUUGUGAUAAAAAAAAGUGACAUACUAUUUUCCCUGUUUUAAUGAAAAGUAUUUUUGUUUAUAAUGUGUUUGUUCCUUUGGAAAAUUUUCAAUUGUACAUUUUAUUUUACUAAUAGUUGUAUUUUUCACAAAGGAAAUGUGGUUUUAAUUUUUCUAUCCAUACUUCAUUGUUUUCAGUAAACCCUGUGUAGAUACAUGUCAUUUGCGUGGUAGAUUCUGUCUGGAGGUGGCUGUUUUUGUUUGCCCUGUUGUUACUCAGAAUAUUCAUUUGGUGCUAGAAUUAGUUUAGCUUUAUAAACGGGACUGUGUGAAACACUGCACUAAUUUCAUAUUUCAUGAAAUAAAUUUCUUACCAAACUA